GAAUUUUGGUUAUUUAAAGGCAGUUAAAAUGCUUUGGAUACCGCAUAUUUUACUUAUCGCAUUUAUAUGCACUAUUGCAUUGGCACAGCCAGUUCCAAAUGAUCCAGAGGAGGAUGAUGCAGUUGUAAAGGGACGAAGUCCUUGUAUAUUUGGGCUGCCAAACAUAUUUGGCAAAAUCAUGGGCGGCAUGGGUGGCGGCAAGGGUGGCGGUGGUGGAGGCGGCAUGGGUGGAGGUGGUGGAGGCGGCAUGGGUGGCGGUGGUGGAGGCGGUGGUGGAGGUGGUGGUGGUGGAGGUGGCGGCAAGGGUAAACGCAGAAGAGGUUGAGGUGAUGGUUUAGGAGAACAUUAUUAAUAAAAUUGUUGUAACAAUUCAAAAGCAAAUAAAAAAUAUAUUGAAAAAAAA